CUUUGGCGUUUUUCUGUCCUCACUACAGAUCUCAAAAGUAUAAAUUAGUCUGCGAGUCCCAGUUUUUGGAUCAGAAAAAAUAAAUCCACCUCUUUGGCCGCGACCAGCAAAUUAUAGCAUUGCUCCCCACCUCUUCUCUCUUUUCUCAACACUUCACUUUUCCUAAGAAACAAUGGCUGAUCUCGAAAACAAGCAAGAACAUCCCUACUACUCCAACCCCAGCCCUGUUCCUGCUCCCGCUCCUGCUCAGCAGGUGAUUGCUAACCCAGGUCCAUUGGGUCUUUGCGGCUUCGCAUUGACUACCUUUGUCUUGUCUCUUCAUAAUGCUGGUGCUGGUGUUGCUGCUACUGGCCCUAGCAAUGUCGUAGUUGGUCUUGCCUUCUUCUAUGGUGGUCUUGUUCAGUUGCUCGCUGGUAUGUGGGAAUUCAAGACUGGUAACACUUUCGGUGCCACUGCAUUCUCCAGCUAUGGUGGUUUCUGGCUCUCCUUCGGUUUGAUCUUCGUUCCUGGUGCUGGUAUCCUCGAUGCUUACACCGCCAAGUCCACCGUCCAAAACUUGGAAAACUCCCUUGGUAUCUACCUUUUGGGAUGGACCAUUUUCACUGGCAUUAUGCUUAUUGCCUCCCACCGAUCUAACUGCGGACUUGUUGCUCUCUUCUUCUUCCUCUUCAUCACUUUCAUUCUCUUGACUGCCUCCAAGUUCAAUGCUAGCACUCCCUUGCAAGUCGCUGGAGGUGCAUUUGGCGUUGUCACCGCCGUUAUUGCGUGGUACAAUGCACUGAGUGGUCUCCUUACCAAAGAGAGCAGCUAUUUCACUCUCCCUACUGUUCCUCUUCACUAAAUUGUUUCGUCUCUCCGUACACCUUACCAACCCCUUUUUCAUAAAAUGGUUUGUACCACAGCUGCAGGCUUAUUUUCCAUUCUUUAAUAAUCUUUAGUGAACCCGAAACGAUAAUAAAAUUAUAUCCACUUAUGUUAUUUUCCCAA